UCGAUUAAGCAUUAAUUAAUCGUGUCCGAACGGUUGUACGAAUAAAAUUUUAUUAUGACUUGAGAGUGAUGACUUUAAGACGAUUAAUGUUAUACCUUAUAAAUAAUUGUAGUUUCUAAAGUUUAACAUACGAUUGUAUUUUUUGUUCGAUUUAAGAGUACUUUUAUUUCACAUAACAAACAACAUUCGACUCCAACUCGUUACCGUGUCUCAUCCUAGGUGGGACACAGCACUUUAUGUGCCUUUACAUGACACUGUUUAUUUCACAAGUUCUUGGUAUGACAAAUAUUUUAAAUGCCGCUGAAAUUUUAGCUGUGUCACCAAUACCAGGAACCAGUCAUUGGAACGUAAUGAGUUCGGUUCUUGAAAUACUUAUGGAUAGAGGGCAUAAAAUUACUGUUGUAUCGGCAUUUCCAAGGAAAAUUCCACACGAAAAUUACACAAAUAUUGAUAUAUCCAAUCUUGUACACAUAUCUGUAGCAGAACCUUGGGAAAAAGUGAUAGGAGUAUUUCAACCUCCCGUAUCUUGUUUACAUUUUUUAAACGACAUUCACCAAAAAAUAUGUCAAAUUAUAUAUAGCCUUCCAGAAUUUCAGCGUAUCUUAAGUACCAAACGAUUUGAUGUGGUGAUAACUGAACUCUUGGGUUCAAGAUGUGAUUUAUACUUGGGAAAUUAUUUAAAUAUACCUCAAAUAGCUAUUGUUUCCAGCCAAAUGUUGACUUGGUACCAGGAAUCUUUUGACAAUCCAGCAAAUCCAUCGUAUAUAACACCUCUCCACAUUUCAUAUCCUAAGUCUGAAACAUUUAUUCAUCGUUUAUUAAGUACUAUUAACUAUUUGACUAUCAAUAUAUCCUUCAAGUAUUACGAUAAUAGAGCUACCGAAAUAGGACGCAUGUUUUUUGGUGAAAAUAAACCUGAUGCGGAAACUUUACUCCGAAAUGUGUCCAUAGUUUUUUUAAACACUCAUUCUAGUUAUGAUUUACCUAAGCCAUUGGCGAAUAAUUUUAAAGAAAUAGGGGGUAUACAUUUAAAACCAUUAAAACCAUUACCUAAUGAUUUGCAAAAAAUUAUAGACGAAGCAGAACACGGAGUAAUAUAUUUUAACUUGGGUUCAGUAACUAGAAUGCAUGAUCUUCCAACAAAUAUACAAAAUGGUUUUAAAGAAGGUUUUGCAGAAUUACCUCAAAAAGUGUUAUGGAAAUACGAAUCAGACACGCCAAUGACUGGGCAGCCAAAAAAUGUAUUUACAAGGAAGUGGCUUCCUCAAUAUGACAUUAUACGCCAUCCAAAUGUAAAACUUUUCAUCUCUCACGGAGGAAACUCUGGAGUUAUAGAAGCUAUUAGUGCUGGAAUUCCAGUACUAGGAUUCCCUCUAUUUUUUGAUCAGCCAAGGAAUUUGGAGUUAUUUAAAUAUUGGGGAUCUGGAUUACUCUUAGACUACAAGAAUUUUACAAAACAAAUAUUUCUAGAAAAAGUCAAAGAAAUUAUUAACAACCAUAAAUUUAAAAAAAAUGCAAUGGAACUAUCUCGAAAAUUUCACGAUCGUCCAAUUAGUCCCCAAGAUACAGUUGUUUACUGGACAGAGUAUGUUAUGCGUCAUAAUGGAGCACAUCAUUUAAAAUCAAAUGCUAUCAACACACUCUGGUACCAAUACUUUUUGAUAGACAUUUUAGGAACUAUAGUGAUUAUUCUAUUUAUAACAAUUAGUAUUUUUUUUUUUAUUAAGAAAAAAUGUUUUUAAUUUUAAUUAAAUAUUUUUUCAUUCAUCUAUUUCAAUAAAAUUGAUAUUUAAACUA